CUCCGCAAGUCUCCAAACCUCCCCCCUCUCAUCACUGCACAAGCUCUGCAGGGCGUCAAGCUUCGGCACGUCAAGGAAUGCCUGCUAACUAGCAUCAUGCUUGUUGAUUCUGCUAAUGCUAAACACGAGCUACCUAGUAAAGAAGCCAAUCUAGGCAGUGCUGUGUCGGCUAAUGCUGAUGCUAAACUAGUUGGUACUGGGACACAAAAAGCUGUCUGUGAUCUUGAUAGCAAUGAAGCUAACAUCAUUAGUGAUUUAUUUGGAAAUGCUAACCUUGAUUGCCCAGCCAAUGCUUACGUAACGGAGGCUGAACAUGAUAACUACAACCCAACAAAAAGUGACAUAAGGAAACCCAACGAUAUGUCUUCUAAUGCUAAUUUUCAGAGCCCAAACAGCACUGUUGCUAACCAGAGAAGCUCUGAGCCUAAACCCCAAGAUAUGCAGUACACUGAUCUGGAGAAGGAGCAUUCAGAUAUGUAUGCAACACUGGCAAACACUCAAGUCUUCACACCUGAUAGUCCCUGGGUCAAAAUGUCUGACGGAACUGACGAAGACCACACUAGAAUAACUGUCCAACAACAACAGCAACAACAACAACAAGUCACGGAUACAAUGUUAGCAGACGCUAUGCUAACUGCACAACAAGGAAACACUGAUUCUUCAUACUGGACCCUCUCUGGAGCAAAACAAAGAGAAAGUAGAACAAGCAAAGAUGGCAUGGAGACAAACAAUAGGGAUGAUUCAGAAAUGUGGAAUGGUGCAGCUGAUGGAGUUCCAACAUCCUUUAGUGAUUUACCACAGAAUAAUAUAGUCUGUAAUGAAGCUACCCAGAAGAACCCCCGCUCCCCGACGAAGCCGACUGUCCCAAAGAAACCUGAUCUUGGCGUCCUGGGUCUCAUGGCGUCCCCGGAGGCAAAAAGAAGACAAGUUGGGUUAAAGAGGCAAUCCCAGCUUCCCCCUGAUUCCUCUCCUGUGCACAGUCCUCCCAACAGCAGCUCACCUUCACCAAAGCACUUGGCACAAACUACUGAAAGAACCACAAGUCCUGACGAAUCAAUGACCCCUUCCAGCUCCCCCCAAAGGCAGAAACCACCGAUUGUGCACAAGAAGCCAGAUCUUUCCCCCGAAAGAAUCAAACAACUCAUUGAAUUUGGAACUCACGGGGAGUCGUCCAAAGGGAACUGUGCCCCCCAGGAGGUCGUUGGUAUUUCACAGACCAUGGGUGCCUCAGGGAUCGUGGAAACCACAAGGGCUAGAAACACUUUAAACUGCAACAUGGGUACAUUGGAGAACUGUGGUACCUCAGGAACAUGGGGAACCUUGCAGACCAGUAGAAUAUACGGACACUAUGAUGCCUCAGGGAUCAUGGGACUCUCCGAGACUCAGAGUAUCAAAGGGGCGACUAAAACUACUUUGGGGGGCUGUAGUACAUCAGAUACUAUUGUCAACUCAGAGAUCGUGGAUAACACAAGGGCUAGAAACACUUUAAACUGCAACAUGGGUACCUUGGAAGAUUGUGGUACCCCAGGAGCAUGGGGAACCUCAGAGACCAGUAGCACACGAGGGAAUAAGGGCAUCUAUAGCCACUGUGGUGCCUUAGGAUCAAGAAUCAUUUCAGAGACCUGUGGCACUGUGAGCACCUUGGGGAACCAUUUUACCCCAGACAUCACAGAUACUAGAAACACUUUGAAUAGCACCAUGGAGACAAGAAGUAACCUAGGAACAAAUGGCAUAAAUGGGAACUUGGGACCCUCUGGAGUCAUGGGUGUUUCUGAGAACCGGAGUCCCAAAAGGGUUCUUAACACUAUCAAUGCGACCAUGAGUACUUUGGAAAACUGUGGUACGUCAGGAACAACAGGUACCAUGGAGACCUCUAUCAACCUAGGGACCAAUGGCAUAAUUGGGUACUGUGACCCCUCAGGAGUUAAGGGUAUUGCAGAGUACAGUGAUAUCAAAGGGGCUCCAAACACCAUCAAUGGUUACAGGGGUUCUUUGGCGAACUGUGUUACCUCAGAAUCAUGGGGUAACUCGGACAUGUGUAGCUCCUUUGGGUCCAUAAGCACCUCGGAGAACCGGGAUACCUUAGGAUCCUUUAACAACUUAGGGGCCAUGGGCAUCUCUAGGAACUGUGGUCUUUCAGGGGUCAUUGGCACUGCAGAGUAUUCUGGUAUUAAAGGGGCUCCAAACACUAUCAAUGCAAGCAUGAGUUAUAUGGCCAACUGUGGUACCUCAGAAUCAAGGGGCACCUCGGAGACUUGUAGCACCCUGGGGACCAUAAGCACCUUGGAGAACCAAGAUACCUUAGGAACUUGUGGAACUUCAGAGACCUGUAGCAAUGUAGGGACCAUGGGCAUCUCUAGGAACCUCAGUACCUCAGGAACAUGGGGAACCUCAUACCUUGGUUCUUGUAGUACCUUGGGGGACUCUGGGGCAAACGGAGCCACUUCCUUUCAAAACGGUGCCUCGGACCCCUGGAUCCUCAACUCAAGACUUCAUAAAGAUGAGGACAAAACACCGCAGAGGAUCAUGAUGACGUCAUCGAUGGCUGAAGAGGAAGAGGAGGAAGAGAGAGGGAUGAAGACGAGCACGAUGAUGAUGCCAACAACCACCAGGAAAAAGGACAAAUCGAGGAAGAGGAGAAAGAGGAGGGUGGGCCGACAGCUGCUGAUGAACGCUUCGACUACGAGGCGCUCCUACUCUUCCUCUUCCUCACUGUCAUCGUCUUCGUCUUCAUCCGACGACGAGCGGGAUGUGGUGAAAGGGAGAACGAUGCAAACAAGAGUGAGGAUGACGACAGAGAUUCCCCGCGCUCUGAUUGGUCCAAGCAGCUGCUCCCUCAGCAGUGCGCUGUCCAAUGAGAGCCUGCCUGGGGCGCCUUCACUUCCUGAUCUCCUGAUAGAGGAAGAGGAGAAGGACAGGAGCGACGAAGGCAGGAUGACGACCGGAAAACAUGAAGACGGCGAUGUGUUCGUCACUGUUUCUGCGGAUCAGAUGUUCGUCUCCGAUCGACCGCGAACCACCGAGGAUCUGUUCACCGUCAUCCACAGGUCUAAGAGGAAGAUGUUAGGAAGACGGGAUUCAGGAGAUGAUGGACGACUCUCCUCCUCUUCCUCCUCCUCUUCUUCCUCUUCCUCCUCCUCUUCUUCCUCUUCCUCUCCGGUCACCCCUACCUCCCUAAAGGGUCAGAGGUGGUCGAGGAGCGACAGCUUUAAGGCUCUCCUGCUGAGAAAGGGCGGUCGCUCUUCUUCUCGAAUCUCUGCCGUUGAGCGUCUCCGUGUCCUUCCUGUGUCCGACCACCAGAGGGCGGCAGAGCGUCACAGCAAAGCUGCAGAAACCCCAGAUCUGUCCGGUUUAAACUCGCCGCCAUUCGAUCAGAACUUCUCCCUGAUUGGGUUCGGUUGGGGGCGGGACCUCUUCCUCGCCUCCUCCUCCUCCUCCUCUUCCUCUCCUCACUUCCUCUUCCUCUCCUCCUCCUCCUCCUCCUCUUCCCCUCGUCCUCGCUCCCUCACCCCCCCCUGCUCCUCCAGCCGGCAGUUCUCCGCUCGCUCUCGCCUCUUCGCCGCCCCCAUGACGGCCAUCUUUGAAGGAGGGAGCGAUGAAGAGGAGGAGGAAGAGGAGGAAGACGAUGAGGUUUUUACGGACGUUUGAAAGGGCUUCUCUCGGAGCGUUUUACUGAAUGUACGAAGCACAUUUCUCUCUACGGAAGCCUGAAGAGGACAUGGCUGUGAUGACUUUAUACUCUCACUUUAUCAAAGCGACCACGUAUUUAGGUCCUAAAAAAAUACUAUCACUGAGUUGGGGAAGCGGGAAAUAUUCAUAUACAUUUACUACUUAUUUAAAUAUUUUUAAGAUGUGUCAUUUUUUUCUCAACCCUAUAAUCUCAUUUUUUAAACGAAUCCCCGUCCCUCAGCUGUUUGUCCUAUUCUGUAAAUACGUCUCUUUAUUUCUCAUCUUGUUAUUUUGCUGUUUUAUUUUAAAGGUCACCCAUUCUGCUAAAUCCUCUUCUUCAUGUCUCCUCUGCAUCAACACGUGUC